AUAAAAACGGCGAAGAACUGAAAUUAAAGGAACCUAUUCCGGCUGACUUGGACUGGAGACAUGACCAAAGAGACUGAGACUCUGGGACUGUUCUUUCAGUGUGAAAACUUCAACUGUAAUAACCGUUAUACGAACCACAUCAUGGACUCCUGGCCCUACCUGGAGAGCCCUGUUCCUGAGCCGAACAACCCCAAACCUAGAUUCCACCCAGGAGACGACCUGGUAGCCCUAACCAUGCUUUACGAAAAGUGCAAGAAUCAGAAGGAGCAGAAGAUUGCUGCCGGUAACCGCGGUGCCAGUGCCUGCAAAUCAACAGAAAGGAUUCCAAACAACACCAUUCAGCUUGGUUCAUUGGAGGCGUCCGCCAACGUCAUGAACAUUCCAACUAGCCAUCCUCAGGAAGCUUUGGAAUCCAAGCAGAACACCAUCCCUGUUCCCACCACCUCGGACACCUACACCACCCUGACCAGCGUGGUUGCUGACACUUAUGAUAAGCAGGACCUCAACAUUAUCUUUGACUCUUUGCUGCAGAAGUGGCCAGAAACCAGUGCCUUCUCUGAUCCCAGCACUGAGCCUCUUCACUACAGUGACCCCUUCCCUGAGGAUCAGUCCAGCCCUGUUUACUCAGGCUCCUACAGUGACUCCCCACCAGAAAGAUUCAGGAGUGAGUUCCAGUUCUCUCUGGGAGCUCCCUCUGCUUCUCCUUACAAGUUCAGUGAACUGCCCAUGGUCUACCUGAAUAAGGGCCAGUUCUACCCCAUCACUCUACAGGGAGUGGAUAGCAGCACCUGCCUUACUACCACCAAAGUCAAGACAUUAGUAAUGGCUGUGUUUGAGAAUGACAAGAGCCCAGAAAUGCAGCUCCGCUUCUGGAACCACUGGCAUGCGCGCCAGCCGACUGUCAAACAGAGGGUCAUCGACAUCGCGGACUAUAAAGAAGUGUUCAGUGGCAUUAGCAACAUAGAGGAAGUGGCCUUCAACGCUCUCUCCUUUAUGUGGAACCCCAGUGAAGAAGCCAAGGUGUACAUUGGCAUCAACUCCCUGAGCACAGACUUCUCUUCUCAGAAGGGAGUGAAAGGCCUGCCUCUAAACCUGCAGAUUGACACUUAUGACUCAGUAACCAACAAGCUAAUACACAGGGCUGCUUGCCAGGUCAAGAUUUUCUGUGAUAAGGGUGCAGAGAGGAAGAUGCGUGAUGAGGAGAGGAAGAGAACCAAGAGGAGGGGGAAGAACAUUAGUGAUGUCAACACCAGCAAAUCUUUAGUGACCAGCUCCAUGGGCAGUGAUUGUACCUACUUCCAGACCCUGGAUGACCAUGUCACCCAACCAGUUUUGUUUAUUCCAGAAACACACCUCUCCAGCUUACAGCGUGUGUCCAUGGAUGACAUCGAAAGGAGUUCUCUGAAGAGGAUGUAUCCAGAAAGAGACCAAAACAGCUCUCCACCCAGCAAGCAAGCUCGCAGAGAAGACCCACAGAAAGUUUUGCUGUACGUGCGGACGAGUGCAGAAGAAGUAUUUGAUGCACUCAUGCUCAGCACGCCAACGCUGUCAGGCCUCCGAGAAGCUAUUUCAGAAAAGUACAGUAUGCAAAAAGACACCAUUGGGAAAAUCUACAAAAAAUGCAAGAGAGGGAUUUUUGUCAACAUGGACGACAACAUCAUUGAACACUACACCAACCAGUCGGCCUUCCUCAUUGAGAUGUUAGAGGUGGUCCUCGGUCAGUUCCAGGUCACUCUUAUUGAAGUAUGAAAACAUGUCAGCUGUCUGCUCAACUGAAGGAUGAAAAAAAUCACAGCUGCCAGUUUAAACCAUCUCUAAAAGCAUCGCCCAGUCAGAGACUAUGUAAGCUGUGGGCCGCUGAAACUAAUAAGAGAACCGGACUAAAAGGACCUCAACAGUUUCUGCAAUUUCAGAUACCAAACUGUUCCUUUAUUUUGUAAAUACCACUCGCCCCAGUUCUUAUGGAUUUUGUUAUUUG